AUGUCAAUGUCUUCGCGCUUUUUGAGGUAGGUUUUUUUAUUUCCUAAUAUCUGACCAUGUUUGCGGUUUCUGAUUGUGUAGAAUGAAUGACAAUAUAACUUUAGUAUUGCACCAUGGAGGAAGAUUCACUCCACGUGCCAGUGAUGGAAAGGUUGAAUAUAUAGGCGGAGAAUUUGACGUUUGGGAGGAUAUAUCUGCAGAUUGCCUGAAUGCAUUUAUCUUAUAUGAUCUGGUGAAAGCUUGUAAGAAGUAUAGUAAUAUAGGAGAAUGUUUUUGGUUGAUUGAUAAGGACUUAGAUUUUAAUCAUGGGUUAAGGAGUUGUACAACUGAUGGAGAUAUAUUACACUUAGUUAGGGAUGCUUUUGAAAAUGAGAAUGAGAUAAAUGUUUAUUUUCAUCAUGAAGUAGAUCCAAUUUUAGAAGAAGUCCCACAUAUGUUGUACUUGGAAUGUGAUCCAAUUCGAAAAGCUGUUGAGAAUGAGGAUGAUUUAGAUGAUGUACCUGUUGCUGGCCAUGAGGAAGAUGUUGGUGCUGGAGAGCAGAGAGAUGCUGGUGAGCAGAUGGAUGUUGGUAAGCAGAGGGAUGGUGGUGAGCAGAGGGAUACUGAUGCUGGUGAGCAAAGAGAUGGUAGUGAGCAGAGGGAUACUGAUGCUGGUGAGCAAAGAGAUGGUAGUGAGCAGAGGGAUGCUGAAGCUGGUGAGGAGAGACAUGCUGAUGGUGAAGAGAGAGAUGUUGCUGAUAGUGAGGAGGAAAAGGAAGUUGACAGUGAUGAGACAUAUGCUGAGUGGUUUAUAAAUUUCUCUUGUAUGUUGAAUGAAGUUGAAGCUGAAGUUGAGACAGAUGGUUAUCAUUCAGAGGAGCUUAAUAUCCCCAUUAGUAGUGAUGAUGAAGAUGAGGAUGUUGAAGUUUAUCCUCAAUAUAGUCAAAGCAGUGGAGUUGGUGAACAGAAGUUGGAAUUAGGGAUGGAGUUUGGUACUCUAGAUGAAUUUAAAUCUGCCUUGAGGGAGUAUAGCAUAUUGAUGGGCAGGGAGUUCAAGUGGAAGAAGAAUGAUAAACAGAGGGCUAGAGCAAAAUGCAAGAAGGCAUUUUGUGAUUAG